UAAGCAUAAACUUGACACCUUGUCGUCUCCACUGACAAACGACGAGGCUGUGGAGUCUUCGACGAGCUUGGCAAAACCCUAGACACGAAAAUCAGGUUCCGGUCAUUCUUUUCAUCUGUCAAUUCUCUCAUCUUAUUUCUUCAAUUGUCAAUUUCUUAGGAGAAUCGCCGAAGAGAGCUUGCGCAUUUUUUGUUUUUGUCUUGCAAUUGUUGUUCGUCACCAGAUAACCCGUGCUUCCGUUUCUCGCUGGGUUUGGUAUUUUACUUGAAGAUGUGAGCAUAGCUCUGACUGUAACCUUGAAGCUACCUCUGAUGGGCAAAUGCAAUGGCUGCAGCUUCUCUAUUGUGUCUUCAUUUGGCGUCUUUUUGAGUGCAAUUUUUGUUGUCUCCUUGAUUUUGGUCCGUCUCCUGUAUGUUAUAUAUCACAGUCGCAGGCCUUUGACCAAAAGGGGUUUAAAACCCGUCAGUACCCUUAUUAUUUUAGGAUCAGGUGGUCAUACUGCUGAGAUGAUUAAUCUAUUGGCAGUGUUGCAGAAAGAUAGGUUUUAUCCAAGAUUCUACAUAGCUGCUGCUACUGAUAUUAUGAGUCUUCAAAAAGCUCAAAUGUUGGAAAACUCCCUGACUUCUGAGAAUGCCUCAGGGGUCACCGAUACUGCACAGUUCAUGAAGAUAUACCGGAGUAGGGAAGUUGGUCAAUCGUAUAUAACCUCUGUUUGGACUACAUUAGUUGCACUGGUGCAUGCGUUAUGGCUAAUGGUUAAAAUUAGACCUGAAGUGAUACUUUGCAAUGGACCUGGAACUUGCAUUCCCCUCUGUGCAAUUGCAUUCAUAUUUAAGGUACUGGGAAUCAGAUGGUCAUCGAUUUUCUAUGUUGAGAGUAUUGCAAGAGUGAGAAGGCUCUCCUUGAGUGCCUUGCUCCUGUACAAGUUGCGGAUGGCUGAUCAACUUUUUGUCCAGUGGCCACAGCUGCAACGGCAAUAUCCUCGAGUAACCUAUGUUGGUAGACUCAUGUAACCAACUCUUUCCUUUCAUAGUCGUAUUGUUUAUAUACCAGUUCUCUCUGCAUUUGCCAAGUGUUUUUGUAGGUUAAAAUUCUUGCCAUUCUUUAUUUUUCAAAAGCAAAAAGGAAGAUAAGAAAAUUAAGAUUAUCCAAAGUGAUAUGGAAUACAUCUAAUUUCGGGGUGUGAAA